AUGACUACCGAUAAUUGGAACAUGCUAUAUAUGUACAAUGCUGAUAUAGGAGACUUAACCCGAGGGAAAAAAAGCCAGGGAAUUCCUCAGAUCAGAUCAGCUGAAUUCCGGGGGAAUGAAGGGCCGUUUGGCCACACAGUCACGAGGGUGUAUCAGGGUAAGAUUAAUCAAGGCACUCAAAAGGCAAAAGUUGCAGUUGGGGUGAAAAACCCAAACAGGAUAGAAGACACAAGGGUGGUACAAACAAAUAGUGGAGGGAAAAAAGAAGUUCUUCAAAUGUACGCACUGGGUGACCAACCCAAGUCAAAAUAUUUAUCCUCCAAACUUGACCACAACGAAAGUGUAGUUGCAAAGUUGGUGAAACGUGAAAAUGUAGUUCAUCCUGAUAAUGCCGCUGUCCGCGUAAAUUCAACGAAUGAGAAAAUUGGCCAUAAUGAGCAAGUGUGCACACUAACAAAUGAAGAAUUGAAGCUCUUCCUAAAAAAUAGGCCACCAUGGGGAAGGCCAAUCAGCAGGGAGCGGCACGACAGACAGUCUGAUGGUACCUUUUGCGAAGCUGGAUCGGAAGAAAUAUGCCUUGUAAAAGGUGUAACCUGUCUGGAGAGCAUUCGUGGACGUAAGGGAUCCUUCCAUGUGCCACUUCCGCAUGGAGAGGAGGAAAAGAAAUUGUUCGUAGAGGGAAAUUCAAAUGGAACCCCCUCGUACACAUCGCACGAAGAGGAACGGGUUACGCGCAGUAGGCACUUUGAAUGGAUGGACAAUGCGACGUGCCACCAAAAACAUACGGGGGGAGCACCGCCCCAUUUUGACUAUAACAAGGUGAACGCAGGAACAUUCCACUUUGCCAGUGAAGGAAAAGGAGAAACAAGGGAGAAAUAUUCAUGGGGUGUAAAUGGCAAAAGUGUCUACACACAUGGGUUGGAAAAACGGGUAGACCGAAGCAGUGACAUGAUGGGUCAUCCCAAAUUACACCAAAAUGUCCUCCACGGGAUGGCUAACCCCUUUAGUUAUGAAAAUGAAGACAUCUCUGAGGAGGCACCAUCGGCAAAUAAGCGACAUGGCAAUUCUUCAUCUAUUAGAAAUUCACCAAGUGGAAGCAUUCAUGGGGAGGACAACAGGGGUAAUCGGGCGAGCGGUAAAAACGAAGCAGCGGGGGAACAUCACAUUGGGCAGAGCUGUUUGGACGUGCCGACGAAGGUGAAACAUAUGAAAGAAUUAAAUAACCCGUUCGAGGGUUCGAAUGGUACAGUGUUUAGCGCACAUAAUUCAUUUCUGUCAUCGAGGGUACAGGAGGAGUGUUACAAUGAUGCAAGCGGUGGUCGCGUGGUGAUUAAUUCUUUGGAGGGCCAUAAAAAUGGGCAGUUGAGCGGUUACCCGGGAAAUUUGACCAUUUGUAGGAAACAGGAAGUGAAAAACAAAGCGGAGGGGGUCGCGAAAGGGAAAGCAGAAGGAGGGGAAGUGAGAAAAACGGAAGAAAAAAAAAUGAGAUGUGAAAUUACCCGUAGUGCACUAGGUGUGGAAAUUACCCCUUUUGCCCAGGUGAGUGGUGGCGGUGUGAAUUCCUCGACAGUUUUGGUAGAGGAGAGUAGGGCGCGCGCAGUGUGUGUCACCAGGGUUGGAAGGGAAAAAAAAAGAAAAAGUGAAAAAAACGAAAAAAGCGAAAAGAGCAGAGGAAUUAUCGCAUUCAGCCCAUUUAGCCGAUUUGGCGAAGGGAGCGGCCAGAUUACUGGUGUGACGGGCAGGGAAUUGGCUCAGCCCAGCAACUACCACGGCACCACAUGUGUUACCCCCUCGGGUUGCAGUGAUGCGCAAAAAAAGUGUCGCCACGAGGGGGGCCUUGCCGCGGGGGGUGUCGUUUCAAUUUGUAGUAAGGGUAAUCGGUGCGGUGGAAAAAUGAGCAAUAAACGGGAAGCUGGCAGGGGGGGCAGUGGCACCACUGAUACUAGCAACCGCGUUGACCGUGCUAAUGGUACUGACCCCGUUGACCGCUCUACCCUCAGUGGGGACGACACUCAAAACAGUUGCGGCAACCCUUUCACGAGCAAAUCGCGUUCAAAUGUCGAGGAAAAUCGGGGGGCACGCCACCCUGAGAUAGAAGAAGAAUUUUUUUCCACGCACCUUUGGCGUAGAAUUAACAGCAACAAUUCGUUUAACAUGCUGGCAAAUUCUUCCAACUGGAGGGACUUGCGAAAUGGACAGAGUGAAGUAAACCACUGCGAUGAAGUGAUUCCACGGGGCAGCAAACGGAUAGGCUGCAUGGCGGAUGGUAAUGUGGAGAGCAGGGUCCCCCCUCAGGGUAAGUGUUAUAAUGAAAAGUACACACCCCGUUCUGGAGAUGAUCACAGGGAAGGCAACAUGGGUGAUGUUCCUGGGGAGGGCCCCAAUCUCGGGGAAGUGAACAUGCCGAAUAAUGACGAAGACGCACUGAACAGCUUCGACGGGACGUACAAGUGCAGCAGCCGCGGGGUAAGGGAGGAGCAACAGGUCUUCUCGAGCAACGACAUGCUAAUGAAUGACAUCGAAGAGUUCAAAAUGGGCAAACUUUUUUUUGAAGAAAUUUACACAUGCAGGAUGAAUGAAAGGAGCGACGAGGGUGCAGCCAUUCCAGGUAGCGGCAUCGGUAGUUCCAUCGGUGGUGCAAUCGAUGGUGAUAUUGGUAGUGGGAGCGGCGCCCCGCGUAUGAACCCCUUUGAGAGCCCCCCCGGAGAAGUGUCCAGAAACUUACUCUGCGAGGAAGCCCUGCGAGGGGCAGAUUUGACCAAACUGGUACUAAACAAAAGUUGCUACGAACAUAUAAAAGAUGAGGUAACAAAGUUGAUGAGGAUAGAAGAGGAGUAUCCAGUGGAGAUGAAGGUGGGGUUGAUGUUCCGGAAGUACAUUUCCAUGGUGAUCACUCUGGCGUGUAACUACUUGCUGGUUAAGCUGAACGAUCAGAAUAUAAUAACGUGUAUCCCGUAUGGCAACAUUUUAAACGUGAGCAUAGUUAAGAGGAGCAAGAAGAAAAAGGAGAGGUACGUAUUCAAAUUGGUGUAUAUUUUUAAAAAGAAGGAUCGCUUCGAAAGGAAUAUUACUUUGCUGUUUCGGUCGAGCAACAUGGAAGUGUUUGAACAGAUUAGCGGCAAAGUAGAACCCACGUGUAAGAGAGGGAACCUAGUCAGAUGCAAGGAGUAUCUAACUAUAGAAUCGGUUCACUCCUACAUGGUGGAGAAGCACAAAAGGGUUUACCUACUCUAUUUGAAUCAUCUGCUACAGAUAGUCGAUAGGGUGUGUAGGAGGCACGUUUUGAAGUGCGCCUUUAUUGAAUUACAGACGAAAUGUCAUUACGAGAGGGAAGUUGAAGAAGGAAAAAAGCAACGAGAAAAGACACUGAAAAAUUUGGCAGAUAAGUUACAAUUCCAUUUGCGAAAAAAAAUGCAAAGUUAUUUUAACCUUCUAAUGAUAAAGGGUUAUGAGACGAAUUUUGUAACUUACCAAGUGAAGACAAAUAAUUUGCUCUUCAAUUUGCUGGUGAAGGAGAAAAGUAGCUACCAAGAAAUUGUAGACCGACAAAGUUUGCUCCUUCUCUUUCACGUCCUUUCCAAUUUGUACAAAAGAAAGAUGAGUAGUUACUUCCAACUGUUUGUGCAUAAUAAUAGGACCCUAAGUCGGAAGAAGAAUGCUAUUUGUUAUUCACUCACUCGUGUGAAUAGCAUUUUGGCAAACUACGAACGGAGGAUAAAGGGAUGGGUGCUGUCCAAGUUAAAGUUCCACUACGAUUAUGUAACAAAUUUUGUCUUCACCUUGUAUAAGGUGUACCUGCGUCGAGUGUUCCUCGGUUACAUUCGCUUGCGGGACAAUCGAAUUGGCAAGAAGGUUUCCAUCGAGAAGAAUGUUUUCCGUAUUGUAAGAGUCAUUUCUAGGAUGGUCCAACGUCAGAAGUACUACGCCUUUUUGCAGUUACAAAAAUAUUUUUUUCAUCAAAUGGAGAGGAAGAACAAACUGGUUUGUGACAAUUUAAUGUAUGCCAAUAAUGAGCUGUGUCAGCACUUGGACAAAGCGACCUUGGAAAAGGGGAUCCACAGAGCAGAGUGCUUUUACAAGUUUAAGAUGAAGGAGUACUUGCUAAAGUACUUUUACUUAUUGAAGGGUCCCCAGGUUGGAAAUAUAGUGCAGGCGAGUACCCCUGUUUUGAAACACUGUGGGGUCUUUUCCUUCAUUUUGAAUAAACUUAUGCAGAGAAAAAUGCAGGACUGGUUCUUCCUCUUUGUAUUGAAGUCGUACCAACAGAACAAUAGGAGUCGGCUCCUGUACGCCACAAAUAGUUUGGAACUUCUGCUAAGAAGGAAGGAACAAUCCCAUGUUGUGCACCUCCUCCGGAUGAACGAAGCUUAUCCUUGUCUCUUUCCCUAUAGACAUUUAACGAAGGUCGAAAUUUUCACCCAAAGUCUGGAUCACUUUGUUACCUUUUGUAAUAGAAAAUGGCUACUCAACUUUCUCCUCAAAUUGCACUAUUUAAAAUAUCAGGAGAAAAUCGUAAAAGUGUUCAAAUGCAUAGACAGUCUGUAUAAAUUCGUCCGUGUGGUCAACAAGCAAAUUCUCGCACAGGUGGAGUCCCCCUUCCAGUUACUCCUCCUCAAUGCGCGCAUCGAAGGGGAAAAAUUAUUUAUGGAAAAAUUGAAGGCCACCAAAAAGACGCAGCUUAAAUUUAAGUACUCCAAGGCGACCUCUUCGCCCGUCGUUCCCCCUAACCCACGCAGCCUCUGCACGCGGUACCCCUACCUGUUCUGCAACUCGGACAUAUAUCCCGAUCGCACCACCAUGACUGAUGACAAAUAUUCCGUUGCCUCCAACGACUCCGCGUCCAAUAUCCUUUCCUACGCCUACGAAGACAUGGACAAGAUUAAGCGCAAAAUUCACGACUUCAAUACCCGAAUGAGCAACGUCAAUCUGUAG